AUGCACUUGUCCCUGCUAGAAGAAGGGUCACUUCCCUGCUUGGCUCUGUUGUUCAUUCUGGGCGCCAUUGUCUUCCGCUUCCUCCGCGAAGAGCCCGAGCCGAAAACAUCAGAUGUUAUCGACCGUGGCGACUCUUCGACCGCGUGCUCCUUAAGCCCCUUCUGCGAGAAGCUCGAACUGUUCCUGCGCAUGGCAGCCCUGGACUUCAAGGCCAUCGACGGAAAUGUGGUCACCGCGCCCAAGGCUAAGCUGCCUAUGAUCGAGCACGGCGAGAAUCUGGUGCCUGAUUCCGAGCUGGCCAUCCGCUAUCUCAUCAACACCUUUGGAGAGAACAAAACACACCUCGGCCGCAUCCGCAUCAAGCUGACCCCCGAGGAGCAGGCACGCUCCGUUUUGUUGACCAACGUGACCAACGACUCCCUCUACCAGCUGCUCCUGCAUGCGAGAUGGGUGGACCUCUCGGUUUGGAACGUCGUCAAGGGUCUCUACUUCGGCGACCUUCCUCUCCCGUUCCGCCUUUUGAUCGUUCCGUCCAUCCGCCGAAAUAUGGUAGGGUGGUUGUGGGGCCACGGCUACUCACGCUACUCCCAGAAGGACAGAGUAUGGUUAGCCCGACGCGAAAUCGACGCCCUGGCCACCAUUCUGGGCGACCACCCCUACUUCAACGGCGACGAGCCCACUCCUGUGGACGCUGCCGUCUUCGGCAUCCUCGACAACUGCAUCUACGGCAUCGGCUCCGUUUACGGCAUUCGCGACCACGUUCAAACCAAGAAGAACCUCGUCGCCUUCGUGGAGGGCAUCCGCCAAGAGUUUUUCUAG